GUGGACAUCUGUUGACGGCUUCCGCCUUAAUGCGAUCUACUUAACCCCUUUCGCUUCCGUCUCAACUUCCCACAGCAUCCUGUGCCGUUGGAAAAGGGGUCAUUGCUGCUAUGAAGUCUACCUUGGCCACUCUGCUGGCCCUGGCCUCAGUAGCCGUUGCCGAGAAUGGUGUCGUCAACUUCCCUCUCAACAGAGGCGUGCCUCACUUCAGGGUCGGCAACGUGCGCCAGAACGUCAAGCGCGACACCUACAGCCAGGCCCUGAUCAACAACAUUACCGGCGGUGCUUAUUAUGCCGAGGUCACUGUGGGCACUCCGGGCCAGAAAGUCAGCGUUGUGUUGGAUACGGGAAGCAGCGACCUCUGGGUUGUGAGCUACAAGGCGGAUUUAUGCACCGACCCUUCAAUUCAGCGGCAAUGGGGGGAUUCGUGCGAUAAGACCUACAACCCGACCAAGAGCUCUUCGUACAAGGUCCUAGAGGAGGAUAGCUUCGAGAUCCGGUACCUCGACAAUAGCACUGCCGCGGGUGAUUACAUUACGGACGACCUCAAUAUUGGCGGAACCACUAUCAAGUCUCUGCAGAUGGGCUAUGCGACCAAGACCGUCCGCGGCGCCGGCAUCUUGGGCGUGGGCUACUCCUCUAACGUGGCUUCCACUCAACGCUACCCCAACCUGAUUGACCAGUUCGUCGCGCAAAAGCUCAUCACCACCAAGGCCUACUCUCUCUACCUCAACGACCGCCGCAGCGACACGGGUAGCAUUCUCUUUGGCGGCAUCGACAAGGACAAGUUCAUUGGCGACCUGUCGAUCCUGCCCAUUUACCUGGCCAAGGGGCAAGCCGAGCCCAUCCACUUUGAAGUCGAGAUGCAGAGUGUCUCGCUCGCCCUGACCAAGAACGGCAAGACCACCAAGAUCAUCUCCACCGACCCCUCCCUCAGCCAAACCUCGACCAUCGCCAUCCUCGAUUCCGGCACCACCCUCUCCUACCUGCCCUCCAAGAUCACCGACCAGAUCCACACCAAACUAUCCGUCUACGUCGACGAAAUCUGGACCGGCCUGACUUUCAUCGACUGCAAGUACCUCACCUCCAACCCGGACCUGCGUUUGUCUUUCACCUUUGGCGCCAACGCCACCAUCUCCGUGCCCGUUUGGGAACUUGUCCUCGACCUGCUAGGCGAGACCCAAUCCGAGCUCCCCUUCAAGAUGCCCUUCAAGAACGCCUGCAUCUUUGGCAUUCAGAGCACCGCCGGCUUCCAAGAGGACAACUUCGAUGAGGACUGGGCCCUCCUCGGUGAGACCUUUUUGCGGUCUGCCUAUGUUGUGUACGACCUCACCCACCACCAGAUCGGCAUCGCGCAGGCGAACUUGAACAGCACGACGACCGAUAUUGUUGAGCUUAGCGGGGCGGAUGGCGGGUUGCCGAGUGGAUUGACGGGUGUGAAGGAGCAGCAGACAAGCAAUGAUCCAUCGGGCAAUGCGAAAUCUGGAUCGGGUUCUUCUACGGAUAAGGACGGCGCCAAGGAGACGGAGACUGUCACUGCUGGGUCGACUGCUGCUACGGGGACAGCUGCUUCGGGGGCCAAGGAGACGGAUAGCGCCGCGGCCGGGUUAAGUGCAAGGGGAGGUGCUGUUGGUGCUUUGGCCGUUGCGUCGCUCACGGGCUUCCUUGCCCUUGUUGGAGGCGCGGUUGUUGCCCUGUAGUUGCAUACACAACCUGCUCUAAGGCGGAUAUAUCUUGCACUACAUAUAGAUACGACGGUUGUGGUUUUGAAUAUAGGAUCAAUCACUUACAUACCGCUUACCUUGGAUAUAAAGGGCGGUUAGUGGUAGCGUAGAUAGCGGUCACUGUACAUGACUACCAGUGCAAAAUAUGCUACUGCAUCAGGAAGCUUAA